CAUGCGUAUCGCUACGUACAAGUGUGCUAUGGACAGUUUCAAGUCGCAUACGUAUAUGACUGAAGUCUGAGCUUUGGUUAAUACAAUGCACUGUAUUAAAAUAAAUAUUGGUUCUGUCGUAUUUAUAAUAUUAAUUACCUUUUUGAAUGUAGUGAAUCAGUCUAACUCAAGUGAUAAUGAUGGUUUAAAAAGUUCAACUUAUGAUUUAUCACAGAAGCACAGCAAUGUAGAAAAUUCAAAUUGUCCAUCAGACAUUGAAUGCUUUAAAUUAGGAGAUCCAUGUAUUAAAUGUUCCUUCAAUGAGUCAUGUGUGUAUGGAAGUUCUGUGAAUGCUACUUGCCAUGCUGUAGGAAACUGCACUGGAGAAAAAACCUUUGCGCGCAGUUUGUUGUGUCGAUACUGUUAUCAGACGGAAAACUGGGAACACGUGUGUGCGUACAAUGCCAAAUGCAAGUCCAUCUCAUCACCUCGAGCAUAUUACAGGACCAACUGUACAGUAAAAAGCGAAGUAUUGUGCUUGGGACGUAGAACAUUUCUCAAGAAUGUUCCAUGCAACUGGACUGGAGGUUACAAAUGGAGUACGGCGCUUGUUCUCAGCAUUACUUUGGGAGGAUUUGGUGCUGACAGGUUCUACCUUGGUCAUUGGCAAGAAGGAAUUGGGAAGCUCUUCAGUUUUGGUGGACUUGGUGUCUGGACCCUAAUUGAUGUUAUUUUAAUAUCACUUCAUUAUCUAGGCCCAGCAGAUGGAUCCCUGUAUAUAUAGAAAUUAUUAAGGAUCUAAAACUUUGUGUUCCAUAUCAAAUUACACAGGCAUUUGGAUAUAUUGUAGUACAUAAGCUUAUUUUUAAUUUUGCUAUAAAACAUCCAAAUGACAUUGUGAGCAAUGAAUUCAUCAGUCACAGGAGCUACUUGAAGAAACCUGAAUUAUCAUUAUAGUGGUUCAAGUAAUAUUUCUCAACUCACUGCGUGUGACAGAGAGACCAGCAGUUGUUGAGUCACCGAAGAUGCAAUUUGUAUUAGGGCCAUUGUAACCUUCAAUUAUGCAUAUAUAACAAUAAAUGAAUAACUAAACUA